CGAGCAGCCUGUCUCGGGUGCCGCCAUGUUGGUGAGGAGAAAUCACCGUUACGGCCAGUGUCCAAAUCCCCGCGUCGCUGCACGCCGCCCGCCCGCCCGCUCCCAAGCCUCAGCCACCGGCGGCGAAUAGAGACUAAAGCGGCAGCGCCGGCAGCGCGGGGCCGUUGCCCAGUGUUUGCAGUUAGAGCCCCAUCUCUCUGGCGUGGUUGUUAAUAGACUGGAAAGUCUGUGUCUGUGUCGCUCACUAGUAACCGUGAGUUUUUACCACUUCGUCACCUCUCGGCGGCGGCCGGGAGCAGGUACCCGCAGGCGGCGCAGGGGUCCUCCCCGCGCCCCGCCGCCGCCGGCCUCGCAGACCUGUCCUCCAGCCCCGCCCCGUUCUUGACCAAACAUGACAGACUCUGAACAUGCAGGGCACGACAGAGAAGAUGGCGAAUUAGAAGAUGGUGAAAUAGAUGAUGCAGGACUUGAAGAAACACAAGAACAGGAAGCAAAAGAGGAUGAAAAACAGAAAAAUGAAAAAGCCUAUAGAAAAUCAAGGAAAAAACACAAGAAAGAAAGAGAGAAGAAAAAAUCCAAAAGGAGAAAACGUGAAAAACAUAAGUAUAAUUCUCCAUCUAGUGAUGAUAGUUCAGACUACAGCCUUGAUUCAGAUGUUGAACAUACAGAAAGUUCCCACAAAAAAAGAGCUGGUUUCUACAGGGAUUAUGACAUUCCAUUUUCUCAGCAUGGACACUUAUCAGGAAGCUACAUGACAUCAAAGAAGAGCCAACAUAACAAAAAAUUUAAAAGUAAAGAGUAUGAUGAGUACAGUACGUACAGUGAUGACAACUUCGGCACCUACAGUCAGGAGACAGACGAAGAUUUUGCCAGUCAGCUGAAACAGUACAGACAAGCUAAAGAAACCUCAACUACAGCUUUAGGAUCAUCAUUUUCUAAAGAACCAGGGAAAAAACAAAGAAUGAAAGCCCAGCAAGGUAUUGAACAGAGGGUUAAAACUUUUAAUGUUGGUCGUGGACGUGGUUUGCCGAAGAAAAUCAAACGCAAAGACCGUGGGGGAAGAACCAAUAAAGGGCCUAAUAUUUUUUCAGGAAUGGAUGACUAUCAAGAGUAUAGUAAACCAGGGAAAAAAUGGAAGGUUAUGACUCAGGAAUUCAUUAAUCAGCACACAGUGGAACACAAAGGAAAACAAAUCUGUAAAUACUUUCUGGAAGGGAGAUGUAUUAAGGGAGAUCAGUGUAAAUUUGAUCAUGAUGCAGAGUUGGAGAAGAGAAAGGAGAUCUGCAAAUUUUAUUUACAAGGAUAUUGUACCAAAGGAGAGAACUGCAUUUAUAUGCAUAAUGAAUUUCCAUGUAAGUUCUAUCAUAGUGGAGCAAAAUGUUACCAAGGAGACAAUUGCAAAUUUUCACAUGAUGAUCUGACUAAAGAAACAAAGAAACUUUUGGACAAAGUGUUGAACACUGAAGAAGAAGCCACAAAUGAAGAUGAACGAGAAUUAGAAGAACUUAGAAAACGGGGCAUAACUCCUCUUCCCAAACCACCUCCAGGAGUUGGGCUUCUGCCAACCCCACCAGAGCAUUUUCCCUUUUCUGAUCCCGAAGACGAUUUUCAGACCGAUCUCUCUGAUGAUUUCAAGAAAAUCCCAUCUCUUUUUGAAAUAGUUGUAAAACCUACUGUGGAUUUAGCACAUAAGAUUGGGAAGAAGCCACCAGCAUUUUAUAACAGUACCUCACCACCAGGACCACAGUUUCAGGAAAGCAGCCCACAUCCUCAACAUAUCUAUAGUUCUGGAUCAAGUCCAGGUCCUGGACCUAAUAUGUCUCAGGGACACAGUAGUCCUGUGAUGCACCCGGGCUCCCCCGGACAUCAUCCAUGCGCAGCAGUGCCACUCAGCCCACCUUUGCCACCUGCUCCACCUGGAAUUUUAGGUCCUCACAGUCAAGCUGGGGUACUUGUUCAACCAGAUGCACCUUUGACACCACCGAGUAUGAGUGGUGCUUACCAUUGCUCGGGCUUUCCAGAACACAUGAUGAAAGUACCUAGAGAGAAUCACUGUUCUCCGGGUUCCUCAUACCUGCAAAGUACUGGUGAAAUGCAGCUCAACACCAGUUAUGAGUCCCUACAAAACCCAGCUGAAUUUUAUGAUAAUUACUAUUCACAGCAUGCUGUACAUAAUUUUCAGCCACCCAAUAACUCUGGUGAUGGGAUGUGGCAUGUUGACUUUGCCCAGCAUCAGCCAACCAUUGUUCAAGACUCCCCUAACCGUGCGAGUGGAUCUGACGGCAGCAGCAACACGAAGGGCCACGGCCCCCUGCCUGCACCAGGCCUCCUCCCUGCAGUGCAGAGAGCUCUUUUUGUCAGACUUACUCAGAAAUACCAAGAAGAAGAUGAACCAAGCAGCACCCAACCUCAAAGGGCACCAAGCAAGGAAGAAGAUGAUACUGUUAACUGGUAUUCAAGUAGUGAAGAGGAAGAAGGAAGCAGUGUGAAGUCAAUACUGAAAACAUUACAGAAACAAACAGAAACUUUAAGGAAUCAGCAACAACCUUCCACAGAGCUCAGCACUCCUACUGACCCAAGACUCGCUAAAGAGAAAAGCAAAGGAAACCAAGUUGUUGACCCUAGACUUAGGACUAUCCCAAGGCAAGACAUGAGAAAAUCUGAAUCUACCCCACUGGAUCUAAGACUUGCAUGGGAUCCCAGGAAAUUGAGAGGGAAUGGAAGUGGUCAUGUAGGAUCUUCUGUUGGUGGAACAAAGUUUGAUUCACAUCAUGCAAAUGCUGGCUCUGUCAAACACAAAAGAGGAGAUGAUGAUGAUGAAGAUACAGAAAGAGAAUUGAGAGAAAAAGCUUUCUUAAUACCUUUGGAUUCUUCCCCUGGCAUAAUGCUCCAGGAUCCAAGGUCUCAGCUGAGGCAGUUCAGUCACAUUAAAAUGGAUAUUAUCCUAACCAAACCCAACUUUGCAAAACACAUCGUGUGGGCUCCAGAAGACUUACUUCCAGUCCCUUUACCUAAACCUGACCCAGUAUCUUCAAUCAAUUUACCUCUGCCCCCUCUUAUAGCUGACCAGAGGCUCAGUAGGUUAUGGAAUACAAAAAGCGAUCUUCAUCAGAACACAGUGCCCACUGAUUCGAAAUCAGCAGCCAAAGCCAAAGUGAACACCACAAACAGAGAAGGCUACCUAGAACAAUUUGGAGACUUACAUAGUUCAGGAAGUAAAUUAGGAGAUCCUAGGCUGCAAAAAAAUUUUGAUCCUAGGCUUCAUAGACUGCACACUACAGAGUCUCACCCAGCUGUUGUGAAGGACUCACAUACAUUAAAGGGCACCCCUCACUUAGCCAGAUCCAACCCUGCUUCAUCACAGCCCUCAGGGGCAGCGACUAGCAGCAGUUCUGGGCCAGGGCCUUUGCCUCCGUAUGCCCCUAAACUCUCCUCUUCAGCUGGCCUUCCCCUGGGAACUCCAAGUUCAGUUCUUAGUGGCAUUAGUUUGUAUGACCCUAGGGAGCAUGCUUCAUCAUCUGCAUCAGAGCUAGCAACAGAAAAUGCAGAGAACCAGAAAAAAAGUGGUUUAAAAAGUAGUGACAAAAAUGAGCCUUCUCCUGGAGAAGCAGUCCUGCUACAGAAAACCAGUGCAAACGUGGAAGUCGCUGUGGAUGGGCCGGCUGAUCCCCAGGCAGAUAUUCUCAGGAGUCCUGGUAUGGUUCAGGUCCCAGCAGUGCACAGUCUUCCUAUUCAGGCAUUAACAGGCUUAAUUAGACCCCAGUACAGCGAGCCAAGGCAGUCCAGGCAGCCAGGACAGAUGAGCCCCACCCCAGAAAGUGAUCCCAGUAGAGAACCAGAUGACAAAUCUCUGAAAGAGGUUUUUAAAACUUUUGAUCCAACUGCUUCACCAUUUUGUUAGCUAUUCUUUUCACUUUGUGACUAUUGCAGUCCUCUGCUGUUUUGUAACUGGUUUACCUCUAUAGUUUAUUUAUUUUUAAAUUAUAAAUACUUUUCAGCUGCUAGUAUCAGAACCACAUGAAGUUAUAUCCUCUAAAGCCUGUGGUAUUUUAUAUAAUAUUUUUAUAACUUUAAGAGACUGUAGUAAUUGACAUAGAAACCUAUAUAUCAUGUUAGCUUCAGUAAAAGUACUUUUAUCGUUAAUAAACCAUCAUGAACUCGACACUCUGCCCAAAUAUAUGCCAGUCAUCUUUCAUAAUCAAUGUUUAGAUAAAUGAUUACCACUUUUAUAUGGUUGUUAGUUUCAAGCAAUAUGAUGUACAUUACUUUUGAGCAACAGUAUUUUGACUAGGAUCUUCUCUAUUUGUCAACACAGAACUGAUUAAUAUGUAAUGCUAACUGCUAACUAAAAUGUAAAAUGAAGUAAAGAAAACAUUUUUAAAAUCACAAUCGGCAGAGCAGUUCGUGUUUAAGGGCAUCACUUUUAUUAGUAUUGGCAAUAUUAUUCGUGUAAAUGAAGCAUUUGAAUGUCAUAUCUUUUAAAAGUAUUUUAUUGUAUACUGUAUCAUAGAAGUUGGAGAUACAUAGAUUGUUUUUGCUAAAGUGAAAAAUUCCCCAAGUUCUCUAACAUAACUUUUUAAAUUUAAUUUUUCAUAUUAAAUAGUUAUGAGUU